AUGUACAAUUCAAAACUCAAGCAAGAGACUUUCAAAAAGACAGCACGAAUCAAUGAUUCUAGUUUUAUAUCAUACUGCCCCUUAAGUUCCGAUGAACGUAUCGUCCCAUUUAUAAAUGGCCAAUCUGUGAGCAUCAAAAGGGCUUCAGAUAGACAAGAGGGUAGGUUUGCUAAAUUGACAAAUUUGUACUUUAGAAACAACCAUUUGUCGAAGGAACAUGCUAAGAUUAGAUAUGACCGGGAACAGGGAUUUUAUAUCCAAGACGCGAAUUCUACAUUUGGAACCGUGCUUAAUAACGAGAAGGUGUUGAUUCCUGGUGUUGAACAUCUGUUGAAUACCAAUGAUACUGUUGGAUUAAUAAUGUCCAAGACAUCUCUGCAGAUCAAGAAAAUCACGGAGGAAUUUAUUUCCGCCAAUUCAACAGACAAAGACAUAAGAUCGAUCCCAAUAAGCGAGUUUGAUAACCCCACCAUUGUCAUAAAUUUCAGAAUAGACAUCAAGGAUUCAAUUUUAAAGUUAAUCCCAAUUGAACGGGGAGGGGAUCAGGUUGCAAAUUAUACCAAAGCAGACAAAGAACCUGUUUUAGUAGCAAGUACUGAUUCUACGGAUAGAGUAAACGAAAUUCCUGAUGACAGUGAAUCAAGUAGUGAUGAGGUCGAAGUUGUUGAUAUUGGUAUUGUUUCAAAUACAGUUACGGAAAAUGACAAUUCAUGCUUGAAUGGACACAACUCAGAUGACGAAAUCAUUGUGAUUGAUGUAUCAGAUGAAGACCUGGAGGAUCAUUUGGUUUCUGAAAAACCAAGCCACCUCGAAGACAAUGAAAUUACCAAGUCUGAUCAUCUCAAGAAUACCGAAACACAAGGUAGUUCUGUUGGAGCAUUAUCACCCACAGAUCGUAUUGAAAGUCCGGUUUCAAAAAUGAUUGUAGAAGUCCCUUCCUCCGAACAUGAGGCCGAUGAUUCCGGUAUUAAUGUGAAUACGAAACGCAAUUGGAAAGGUAACAAUUCAAAUGAAAUAUCACAUAACUGCUCCAGUGGAGAGUUUUCUGAAUCAGAAAUAUCUAAUAUUAGUUCGAGCGAUGAUUUUUCUGACUCAGAUAUUGUGGAUGAAAUUAAAAAUAGACAAGAUGAAAUCAGCAUUUUAUGUGACGAAAGUGAACUGACAAAAGGUGAGUUUGGUGAGUAUGAUCAAUCUGAUGGCGACAAUAACGACAGAAGAAGCAACGAGCAAUUAGAUACCUUUUGCUAUAAAUCGCGGAAAGAUGACCAUGACUCAAAAUAUUACUCUUUGCUUGAGAAGUGUGACCAUGAUCACAGCGAUUUCGAAAGUGAACUGGACGUUGAAUCCACCCUCUUUGGAAGCAACUGCGAUAAGAUAGAUAAUAUCGAAAUUCCAGAAGAUAAUAAACUUGUACGCACUGGUUCACAAGAAUUUGGGGAUGACUACGAUGAAACUAUGUCUUUAGAUCAGUCGAGUUCCGGUUGUUCAUCUAGAAAGAGAAGGUAUGAAGAAAUCGACAAUUUGGAAGAUUUGGAACAUCAUACAUCUAUAGAAUAUUCUGAUUGUGAAUCGACGAAUCAACCUCCAAGAAAGAAACAUGCAAGUACUGAGUCCAAGUGGAAAACGUUUACGAAAGAGGUGGGCAAAGGUUUGUUUUAUGUUUUUGCAACAAUUGUAGCUCUUGGUGUCUAUGGUAGCUCUAUUGCCAAUGAGGAAAGUUAA